UUUUUCUCUGUCUCUCUCUCUCUCUCUCUCUCUCUCUCUCUCUCUCUCUCUCUCUCUCUCUCUCUCUCUCUCUCUCUGUCUUUCGUUCAUUUAUUCAUCGACAUCUUGUUUCUCCAAUUUCACGUUUGCAAUCGAAACUCAUGACUCUCUAGUGUCAUCGGAGAAUCUUGGUGAUCGAUCAAAUUGUCGAGAGAAGGAGAGGAAAAAGAAAUCGUCGGCAUGUAUUUAUCGAUGUUGCUGGCGAGAUCCAGCAGGCUCGGACAAUGCGGAAGGAGAUUUGCCUCGUCGUCGACGGGACUGAGAUUACCGGAUCAAACCGGCAACCGAGUGGAGCUGCGAAGGGAGCUGCAAACUUCCGAAAGACCACGACGUGCGGCGACUUUCAACGAUCGCAGCCAGCUGAAGUAUGCUCGUAGAUUGGUCGUCAAACUCGGAAGCGCGGUGAUCACGAGAGAGGACGAGCACGGUCUGGCCCUUGGUCGUUUAGCCUCCAUCGUCGAGCAAGUGGCCGAGUGCCAGAACGAAGGUCGAGAAUGCAUCAUGGUGACUAGCGGAGCCGUUGCCUUCGGCAAGCAAAAACUCACGCAAGAGCUGCUCAUGUCUUUGUCGAUGCGAGAGACACUUAGCCCGGCAGACCAUACGCGUGAACAUGCCGGAACACUUUUGGAACCUAGAGCGGCAGCGGCCGUGGGCCAGUCCGGGCUUAUGUCUCUCUACGAUGCCAUGUUCGCUCAAUACGGCGUGAAGCUGGCACAGGUGUUGGUAACGAAGCCUGACUUUUACAACGAGGAGACCAGAAAAAACCUGUUUAGCACGUUGAGCGAAUUGAUCAGUCUGAACAUAGUGCCAAUCAUCAAUACCAACGAUGCGGUCUCGCCACCGCCUCACGUUGACGAGGAAGUAGCUGGCGGAGGUGGAAGAAGAGGAAUAUCCAUAAAGGACAACGACUCUUUGGCUGCGAUGUUGGCGGCAGAGGUUCAGGCCGAUCUACUCAUUUUGAUGAGCGACGUCGAUGGUAUAUACAAUCUUCCCCCGUGGCAGGAUGGCGCCAAGAUGUUGCAUACCUUUAGUUCGGACUUGAGGGGUACGAUAAAGUUUGGACAAAAGUCUAAAGUCGGUACAGGUGGUAUGGAUUCGAAAGUAAACGCUGCUCUAUGGGCUCUGGACCGUGGGGUCUCGGUCGUUAUUUGCAAUGGCACUCAAGAGAAGGCAAUCAAGAGCAUCAUGUCGGGUAGGAAGAUCGGCACGUUCUUCACGGAGACCACCGGCUCCUCGAUGCCCGUCGAGGUUGUCGCCGAGAAUGCACGCGUUGCCAGUAGAACGUUGCAAGCACUCCGACCGGACGAACGAGCUAGCUGCAUCAACGUUCUGGCUGAUUUAUUGGAGACCCGACAAAAAGAGAUCCUAGAGGCAAACGGUAAGGAUCUUGAGGCUGCGAGCAAGACCGGUCUUGCGAAACCUUUGCUCUCGCGAUUAUCCCUUUCCUCCGCUAAAUUGAAAUCUUUGAGCGCGGGUCUACGGCAAAUAGCGGAAGACUCUUUGGAGAACGUUGGUCGUAUCUUGAGAAGGACCAAAUUGGCCGAAGGAUUGGAACUUAAACAGAUAACCGUGCCGAUCGGCGUCCUUCUCGUUAUAUUCGAAUCGAGACCCGACAGCUUGCCGCAGGUAGCAGCACUUGCUAUAUCCAGUGCCAACGGACUCCUCCUGAAGGGCGGAAAAGAAGCUACCAACAGUAACAAGUAUCUGAUGGAAUUGGUGAAGGAAGCGCUCGGUACGGUGGGUGCCUCCAACGCGAUAUCUCUCGUAUCGACGAGAGAGGACGUAAGCGACCUAUUGUCGAUGGAAAAGCACAUCGACCUUAUUAUUCCACGCGGUAGUUCUGAUCUCGUACGUACCAUCCAAGAACAGUCGAAGCAUAUACCGGUACUCGGUCAUGCCGAGGGUAUCUGUCACGUUUACGUCGAUAAACAGGCCGAUCUGGAUAAGGCCCUCAAAAUUGUGAGAGACUCGAAGUGCGAUUAUCCGGCAGCUUGCAACGCCAUGGAAACGUUGCUAAUCCACGAGAGCCACAUGAACGGGUCCUUCUUUACGGACGUUUGUAACAUGCUGCAAAAGGAGGGCGUGAAGAUCUACUCGGGGCCAAAACUGAGGGAGUUAUUGACGUUCGGACCGCCUGCCGCGAAGAGUAUGAGAACCGAGUACGGUUCCCUCGAGUGUACGAUCGAGGUCGUCUCCGAUAUCGAAGAUGCUAUAACUCAUAUCUACAAGUACGGGAGCGCGCAUACGGACGUCAUCGUUACGGAGAAUAACGAGAGGGCGGUUCACUUUCAAAGAGAGGUCGACAGCGCUUGCGUAUUUCAUAACGCGAGCACCAGAUUCUCCGAUGGUUAUAGAUUUGGCCUUGGUGCUGAGGUUGGCAUUUCAACGGCUCGAAUUCACGCGCGUGGCCCGGUAGGAGUAGACGGUCUCUUGACAACGAAAUGGAUUUUGCACGGAGACGGACACGCUGCUGCGGACUUUGCCGAAGGCGGCGACAAGACUUGGUUGCAUCAAUCGUUGCCUUUGAACGAGUAUAAAUAAAUCGAGUACGACGGAGUACGACGAAGUACGAAGCUCGAGCGUAAACAUUGUCAAUUAUUUUAAAACGAUACGCGAUCGAUAAAAACAAUCAUUAUUUACUAUCGUCCGUUGUAAAACACCGCCAUCUAAGACACCGUUCGAUUUUCGUACUUUACGUUUCUAGGUCUGCGAGGCGAAAGAAAAAUCCGUGGGAAGAAUUUCUAUUAGAGGAAGGCUACGAUAAGGAUUUUUCCGGAACGACCGGUAACGACGAGUGCUUAAACUAUAAUCUCUUUCUUUCUCUCCCCCGCUCCCUCCUCCCCACCCUCCCCCCCUCUCUCUCCUCUGUAUAUAAUGUAAAUAAAAUUAUGGCUAAUUAAGCUAAUUAUUACAAAUGAAAUGAGACGCGAGCAAUUGCACAAAGAGUCAACCGUGGCCAAGUUAGUCAACUAAACUUGACGUUAAUUCGA